AUGGAGGUGUCCUGCUGCUCCGUUCGCCAGCUCCAGAGGAACAACAGCCUGCUUUUGUUUGAGUCUUUGCUGGAAAAGUCUUCUGCCCGUGAUCCGGCACCUGACACAGGCUAUUUCAGCGCUGGCAGCAGUCUGUCUCCCACAUCCUCUGUAGACACCUUCUGCUUCUCCCCCUCCUCAGUCCAAGCUGCUGAAGGAGACCUGGACACCUUGAACUGUUUCAUGUUUAGCGGUCCUCCAGCACCUCACUUCAGCUGCUCCAGAUCCUGUACUACCAGCACCACAAAGAAAUCCAGAUCCAGGUACCCGGGAAAGAAGCGGCAGACGGCCAGUGAGAGGGAGAAGCUGAGAAUGAGGGAUCUGACGAAGGCUCUGCAUCACCUCAGGACAUACCUCCCCAACUCAGUGGCACCCGCUGGUCAAAUCCUGACCAAGAUUGAGACGCUUCGCCUCACCAUCCGGUACAUCUCCUACCUGUCAGCUCAGCUCGGCCUCAGCCAGGAGGUGCUGGAGCAGAGACGGGCCUGUGGCUACAUGGAUCAGCCUCAAAGCCUCAGACAGAUCCUGGAUCAUCUCCGGGAGUCAGACUGCAACAGAGCCGAGCUGACCUGCGUGCAGGCGUCACAUCAGGUACGUUAGAAAAGGUGGUGUGAGGCUGAAACAGAUUUCAU